GCUAUCCAUGAGUUCCCGAACCUGGGUCAAUCCGGUAAUCUAUGGAUCGGCGUGAAUAUGCCAUUAUCCCAAGUUUGUUUAUUCUGCUGUCUUGCAUGAGUAUCAAAUGGCUCGGUACAUACGUCGAACCCGCUGGUCACUACCUGCCGGAUUUAUUGGAAAGAAUGCACGAAACGACAGUCGAGCUCGUUGGUGCCCUGACAGAGCAAAUCCUGGGAAGAUACCAUGGUGGAAUGAUAGGCGACUGAUAAGUGUAGGAAGGAUUGUGAGAAUGAUGAGCGAAAUUGGUUAGUGUCUGAUCACUUUGAGAGGUAAUGAGGCUGAGAUGGUUUAGUUCGUAAUUGGUGGGUGAGAUGUGGUCUGAAGUCGUCUGGGC